AUGAGCGAACUACGAAUCACUAAGCACGACACAUCCCGUCGACCGCGCGUCGGUCUCUGCGCCCUCGCCUAUCUCGAGCGCGCGCGCAGGUGGACCCUCGCCAGUCGCCACACGUGCGAGCUUUCACAAGGAAGAGCAGCUUUCUUAGCACGCGCGAACAGGAAACGUCCCUACCAGAACAAAAAUCACGUACGCUUA